AUGCCAGAAAACGAAGACAUAGCCGCGAUAAUUCAGGACGGCUUAAAUCCAUACAUCAAACCCCGUGAGCAGGUCAGCUACAUUCGGCGCAUACUAGCCGCGCACCUUGCGAAAUGCACACAGGGCAGUGCCCUCACACCCACGCUGGCCCUGGCCAACGGGCGCGAUGCCGGCGGCCUAAUCAAGACAGACAGCACGACGGAAAAUACCAUCUACCGAGACUACCUUGAAGCCUUGAAGGAAAACGUGGCCGCUAAGAAGGAUUUUGAAGAGGCCCGCCAGUAUGCCGUCCCCGGGCCGCCACGCACCGACGAGACGGCCACGUCGGCCACGUCGUCGGGCCUACAUGAGCGCGUGGCCCUGCUGAAGCUGCACCAGAAACGCGACAGCCUGUACGCGGUGCAGGAGACGCUCGAUACGCUGCUGGAGCAGCCGGCCGCGGACCCGGAGUUCCUGGACGCCGAGCGCGUCUUCCACGGCGUCGCGACCGCCCUGCCCCCCGUGCCCCGGGACGUCACCGACGCCAUGGUCGUCGAGCAGAGCAGCUCGGCGCCGCUCGACAUCCCCGCGCAGAUAGGCCGCCUCGAAAAGGUCGUCCUGCGCGCCAAGCUGCUGCUCAUGCGGGAGGAGCAGCUGCUGCAGGAGGCGAGGCAGCAGCACGCGCGGCGGCGGCGCGGGUCCUCGACGACGCAGGCGCCGCCGAGCCAGGCGACGCGCGACGAGCUCAUCGCCUGGAUCGAGACGGAGCUGGGGAAGGCGUCGCCAGAGACGGCGCAGGCUGCGGUAGAGGACGGCGAGGGGGGCUCGUCGGCAACGGAGCGCGGUGGCGUGACGGACCCGGCGGCCAUUCAAGAGCAGCUGGCGACCAUCAGGGACAAGUACGACCUCUACGUCUCCUCGCGAAGGCUCCUCUUGGAAAUGGCAGCAGCAGCGAGCGGAUCGCAACCGCUUCCGCCGCCAUCUAGGAAUGCCAAAUCUACGAAGCGAACGAGUUAUGCGCUGGCAGCACCGCCGCGUCCGCCAACGGAUCACCUGAUUGCGCCGUACCUGGCCGCGCUUGUCGAAACCUCUGCCAGCCACAAGGCCACCGUGGCAUACCGAACGCACGCGUCUGCCCUGGUCAACAGGACCGCCCAGGAACACAGCCGGCAGGUCGGCAAGCUGGCCGAGGAAAGCCACCUUCUGUCAGCAUUCCCCUCCCAGCGAGGCGCCUCCCCGCACCACCACCACCACCACCACCACCGAUCAGGCGUGGAUGCGACGGGGUCGCAGGGCGGCAGCAUCGCCAGCCAGGUGCAGCCGUGGGUGGACGCCGCGGACGCCGCCAAGAUGGCCACGCUGGAGUCCGUGGCGGAGACGCUCGAGACCGGCCAGGCGGCCCUGGAGGGGCUGAUGAGCACGCUGCAGGGCAUCGGCGAGGUGACCGGCAAGGACGUCCUGGGCGGCGGCGGCGGCGAGGAGGGGAGGAGCCCGGCCGAGGAGGAUACGUGGCUCGCGGAGACGCCGAGGGCGAAGAGACAUGCGAGGAAAGGGAGCAAGGUGCAGCCGCAAAGCUCGACGGAUCCGUGGUCGAGAGUACGAGGCAACCUGGGCCUGCUGGGUCAGGAGGGACCGUGA